CGGUUGAAACAAGAACCUGUUCCAGUUAUUGGGAUUGCGAUGUAGUAUUAUUUGUUGAUGAAGUGGAGCAUGUAAAGUGUGUGUUUUAAAUGCAGAGUUUUUGUGUAUGUGCGUUUAAGAAGUUUUGGCAUUAGAUUAGUAAAAAUUCUUCGUUUUAAUACAUGUUCGUAAUUAAAAGAACUAAGUUAUUUCCUUCGAUGUAUAAAUAAUGUCUUCAUAACUUGGCAUUUUUUUUAAAUUCAACGGACUAUAAAUCAUGCAUAAUAGUUUAAUAUCAUUACAGCAGCUCGUGAAGACAUUAAAGGUUUUGAAUCGUCAACAAUGAGCUCGUCAGGAUUGUCCAAAACUGUUUUAUCAUCUCCAGGCCAGAGUGAGUCCCAGGCUUCAGAACUCAGCAGCAGUCUCACUUCAUCUUCAGCUGUUUUAAGUCGCCUUAAAUUUGAGCAUUCAGUUGAUCAGAGUCUGUCACAAUUAUCACGAGAUGGUCACAAUAAAAGACUGAAAAUGUUACGAAAGGAACUGGACUAUUUGCAUAUUACUGCCUGGAGGUAUCAGCCUAUUGACAAAUACAUUGGGCAAUAAGAUUUGUAACAAUGAUUUCAUUGUUGAAGAAAGCUGGUAGUUACAUUUUUGGCUUUGGGAGGUAUGAGCCAAAAGAUGAAACUGCUAUUGAUAUAGAUUGCAUCAUUGCUAACAUAGAAACUGAUGAGUCAGUUGGUGCUACAUCAGAAAUAACUUCAUUGAAGACAGAUGGAGUGAAUAUUUGUCAACAUUGUGUUGGUACAAUAACGUCACUGUAUACAGAUUAUGGUAUAAUUGAUGGAACUUUAUAUUUUGACCUUCGUGAUGCACCAGCAGAAAUGUUACGUGAAGGGCAUCGUGUAUCAUAUCUUGCCUUUCGUAGGAAAGAAAAUGAAGAGUGGAGGGUUCGAAAAAUUUUUUGCAUACAUGAUGAAAACUGGGAAAAGUACUACGAAGAUGAUGAUACUGUUAAGGUUUUAGAACCACAGUGUAAGGAUGUCAUGAAGAGAAACAUUGUUUGUCAGGUUAUUCAAAGAGAAGGACGAGAAGUGAUUCUUAUGCCUGGAAAUAUUCGCUGCAGUUUGGAUGAAGUGAUAGCUGAAUUCAUACCAUUAGAAGGUGACUGGGUGGUGAUUAAAGCUGAUGUUGAAGUGAAUGAAGACAUGUGUGAUUCUGGUGGAGAUGUGCUGGAUGUAGAGGAGAUAAGCCCACUCCGGUCUCGCAUAUUGACUGGUUGCAUAACACAUUGGAAUCAGAAUGGUGAAGGAGUUAUAGACCACAAUGUGUAUUUUAGUCAAGAUUCAUGUGAACCUGGAUACGUUCCUCACCUGGGAGAUAAUGUUGAAAUUAAAGCAAUUGAGAGUGAGCAAGGCAAACACAUGUGGCGUGCUUUGACCACUGUUCCUGAGUUUUCACAUAGUACAAGAACAAAAGCAGACCAAGGAUUUCAUGAUUCAGCUCAGAACUAUGACAAAUUGGAAAUCCUUCUUGAAGAAAAAAAGGGGAUUGUUGUUACAAAGUGUUUGAACUUUGGUGUGUUAAAUGUGGGUGAGGAAAGAGAACUGACAGCAGAAGUCACAAAUAAUGGAAUUUAUAGUCAGUUUUUUGUACGAGGAAAAUUUCAUUCUCGUCAUUCUGAAUCUCAGUUCAUCCUCCAUCAUCCAAGAGAUGGAGAAUCAUAUGAGAUUUAUCCUGGGCAGACAGUAAAUUUUCAUUUUGGUUGUAAAGGAAGGUUUAUUGGUAAUUCAUCUGAACUAUUUGUAUUUACCUUCAAGGGUUUCAAGAUCGGUCGUAACCUACAGGUGGACGUACGACAUCCAUUGCACACAUCCAUAGCACCAUCACAUUAUGAGAGGAGGUUUAAUCAUUAUGAUGCUCAACAGAAGGCUUACCAAACAAAGAAUACUGGAAUGUUGAUUUCUGGCGUGAGACCCAUUAAACCCCCUGCUUUUGUGCCUGUUCGACUGGGAUCAUUCCCAAUUCCAGAUAGACUGCGGCAGGCAGUAAUAGGAAAUUGUGGGCAGAAACGAAGCACUGAAGAUGUUAAAGUUGCUGUAGAAAAUGUUGUUCCAUGUCUCAUCUCAGAUCUGAAUGUGUCAAACUACACGGAUCGGUUCCACAUGCUCCUUUAUUUGGAGGAGAUUCAUGCUGUAUUAAAUAUGCAGAACUAUGACCUUGAAAGAGUUUGCUUCCGUAUAGCAGGACCUGGUGGGGAGUUUCUAGCACUUGAAGUUCCUGGUCUUGCUGAGAGAAGGCCAUCACUUCUCCUGGGUGACCGUGUUAUAGCUUCCAGUCCAGUUGCACAAGACAAUACAGAUUUCCAGUUUGAAGGCUUCAUUCACAAAGUGUUUAGUUCUGAAGUCUGGAUCAAGUUCAGUUCUAUUUUCCAUUCUUCAUACAACGGAAGCGAAUAUAAUGUUUCAUUUCACUUUUCCCGAACACCAAUGAGACGAUGUCAUGCAGCUGUGAACAUGGCACUGACACAUUUAGGGCCUCAGAUGCUGUUCCCUACAGCAGUGAAAGUUCAGCCACCGCAGUUACAUUUAGAAGAAGAGUCACUGACUUGUACAUCAGGUGGGCAUGUCAGCUCAGAAGACAUGAAGCAUUAUGCAACAUCAAACAAGUGUUCUCCUGAGUCAUCACCUUCUGAGGGAUGGAAGAGCACACCAAGGGUACCAGUUGUUCAACGGUUGUUUGGGAAACACAGUAACAAUAAGGACUGCCAAAUACAUUCUUGUUUUUCUGAAACAUCAGUUAAGUACAACACAAGUGCUUUACACACCAACUUUAAAAUGUCAAAAAAGGAACAGUCUAGAGACUUGAAACAAUAUGUUAAAUAUGAAGAAACUACAAAACCUCAAUUGCUAAAAACUGGUAUAGUGAAGGAAACAAAAAUUCUGAAUCAGCAGAAAAAGAAAGUAAAAUGGUUUAACAAUCAGCUGAAUUUUUAUCAAAAGGAAGCAGUAUGCAACAUAUUGAAAGGAGAGGCUCGGCCUUUACCAUACAUUAUUUUUGGACCACCAGGGACUGGAAAAACAAUAACACUUGUUGAAGCUGUCCUUCAGAUAUUAAACCUUCUCCCAGACAGCAGGUUGUUGGUAGCAACUCCUUCCAACAGUUCAGCAGACUUGAUUGCUGAACGUUUAUUAGACUCUGGACAUCUAAUACCGGGGGAUUUGGUGCGUCUUGUGGGCUAUCAUUGUAUAGAAGAAGGGAAAUUGCCAGAGAAAUUGGUACCAUAUUGUACCACUGGAGAUAUCAGAUCGAUGGGUGAUGAUGCCAACAAACCAGUUAUAUUGGGUGAGCCCCUGAAGACUUCAUCCAAUGCCCAGACACUGGGAAGACACAGGAUCACUGUCGGUACUUGCAUUGCUCUUGGACAGCUGUACAAAAUGGGGUUUACACGAGGACAUUUCACACAUGUCUUUGUUGAUGAAGCAGGACAAGCAACUGAACCUGAGAUAUUAGUGCCUUUGGAUUUCAUCCACACCAGCUCUGGACAAGUGGUACUUGCUGGAGACCCACUUCAGCUUGGACCUGUUAUCUUGUCUCCUCUUGCUUCCAGCAUGGGUCUGGCUGAAUCAUUUCUGUCUCGUCUGCUUCAGCACUUUCCAUAUCAGCGAGAUGCACAAGGAUUUCCACAUAAUGGAGGCUAUAAUCCUCGUCUUAUAACGAGAUUAUCCUUAAAUUAUCGCUCAGUGCCAGAGAUCCUCCAUCUGCCAAAUUCAUUGUUCUAUGAUUCAUACCUCCAGCCUCAGGUUUCACAAACCACUGGUCCAGAGGCUGAUCUACUGGCAUCUUUGGCAUCCAAGCUGCCUGAGCAGAGCAAAGAAGAUGGUGGUCCACCAGCCCUAGUUUUUCAUGGAAUUAGAGGAGAAAAUUAUCAGGAAAAGGAGAGUCCCUCAUGGUACAACCCACAGGAGGUAGUGCAAGCCGUGUCUUACCUCAACAUGCUGUAUGGUGCGGGGCUGACCCCAGAUGAUGUGGGCAUCAUUACACCUUACAAAAAACAGGUACAGAAAAUUUGUGCCCUCCUCAAAGAGCUUCAAGUGCCCAUUCCUAAGAUUGGAUCUGUGGAGGAGUUUCAAGGACAAGAAAGGAAAGUGAUCAUCAUGUCUGCUGUUCGCAGCAAUCCCACAUUGCUAACAACUGAUAUUCAUCAUUCACUAGGAUUUGUUUCCUCCCCAAAACGACUGAACGUUGCCUUAACCCGUGCACGUGCUUUGCUCAUCAUUCUGGGCAACCCACACCUUCUGUCUCAGGACCCUUACUGGAGAAGUGUGCUCAGCUACUGCAUCGAGCGAGGUGGCUACACAGGUUGUGACCUGCCCAUUGACUGCAGUUCCAUUACUCUGGAUGACAGUAUAUGAGGCAUUGGGCAACAUCUUUUGAUGUUAUGGUCUACCGCAAUUUUCGGCAUAUCUUACCUGCUGGAUAACCUUCACCAAAUCUUUGAGAGCACUGCGCCUAGACCGAGUGAUGAUAACAGCAGUGGCCAAAUAUCGUAAGAUAUGAGGACACAUGGUCUGGAUUGCAUUCAGGUAUCUACAAACCCAAAGACCAUGUCUAACUCUAACAAUGAUUAUCAGAAUAGUUUGUGUUUGAACAAAAAUUAAGAAGUUGUAUGUCAAUAUCAGAACAAAUAUACAAGAAUGUUAGUA